UGCUCAACAAACAUCACCCUAAGGCUCCAUUUGAACUCUGAUUAUAAAAGAAGUUGCUAAUAAUUCUGAAGUCCUGGUUAAGUUGAUUCAUAAAAUGGAGAGCACAAGCACAAAGAUGGAGGCCAUGAAGCCUGUUCUGCUCAAAGCUGGAAUCCCUCUUGCUGUUACUGUGGCUGGUUUCAUCAUUGCUAGGAUCACACAAAGAAAGGGUUCGGUUUCGCAAGCUUCGUGUUCACAAAGACACGAAAAUUCUCCAGAAAAUGAACCUGCUGGGAUCUGCAGAGAUGAAGGUGGCCUCCCUGGACUUGAUUCAGAAACAGAAUCUGGCAAUCAUGCUUUGGCAGACAGCCAGUCCAAGAACACAGGUAAGUUGCAAGAAGAAAUGACGAGUUUAAAAGGCCGAAUCGAAGAUAGUCAGGGCAGAGAACGAGAGCUGGAAACGCGAUUCGAUUACUAUAAUCUCUUGAAAGAGCAAGAAAUGUUGCUUAUGGAGCAAGAGAACAGGUCUCUGAUGGAGAUAACUAAGAUUGAAAUAUUGGAAAGGGAAAUUUCUGUGUUGCAAGGAGAAAGUCAGAGGUUUGAGAAGAUGGUAGCAGAGUAUCUGAAGACUAUAGAGUUGCUUGAAUGUUCAAGAUCAGAAAAUGUAUUGCUUCAUAGAAGGGUUAAAAGGCUCCAGAAGAAAACCAAACAUCUUUCUCAUGCUGUGAAUCCAAAAACCCUUCAGCUUAAAGCAAAAGAGGCAGAAAUUUCAAGAAACCAAUCAGAGCUGAAAAACAAGGAUGAUACAAUCAACAAGAUAGAGGAAGAUUUUAGACAGGUAAAAACAGCUCUUGAAAAAUUGCAGCAUGAGAGGGAUGAACUUCUAAAUAAAUUGGAAAUGAUAAGAAAAACAGAUUCCUAUAAGAACGAUGCAGAAAUGGUAACUAUGGAUGAUUACAAAGAACUAGUGCACGAGCUCGAGAAACUCCACGAAAGUAAAGCAGCAGAAGAGAAAGAACUGGUGUACCUAAGGUGGUGCAAUGCCUGCUUGAGGCACGAGCUGACGAGAACGAACCAAGAAGACGAAAACCAGUCAGAGAUGAACAAUAAUGGAGACAGUGGAGAAAUUGCAGAUUUUGCAUCAGAUAGUGAACUAAGGAGUUCCUCAGUGGGGCACCAUGAGUCUUGCUUAGGCUUCCCAAUUGGUGGCCACUCUCAUCAUGAUCAUUCAAAGAGGAAAAAACUUGUUCAAAAAUUCAAGAAAUGGAGUGAGAAGAUGAAGCAUAAAUUGGAUGAGAAAGAGAAGCAUGAUACCAAGUGCUCUGCAAAUCAUUCAUAUUCUGCCACUGCUGGGGAUUUAAUUCUUCCUGCAAGAAACUCAUUUUCCAGUGCCUAAGAUUUCUGUUUCCUACAAUUUCUGCAGCAUUUGGGACUAAGAUAGCAAUAAAACUUCUUUAUUUUCAACUAAAUCUGUUUCAUUUAGGAAUUAUGAACUGAAAACACAAUCAACUUUAGAGGCAAACAAUAAUUACAUGAAAAUGCUAGAUUGUUUCAAAUACAGCUUGAGACCAGUAAGAUUAAUCAUAAGUACAUUUGUGUGACAA